GGUGUGUGGGUUUAAUAGGAGUAAGGCGGGUCGGGUUGGGUCACAACUACACUGGUAGAGAGCGUAUCUUCAUCAAAGUCGUCAAAUUUGCAAAUUCAAUCGCGUUUCUGUCGGUGGGUGCGCGUGAUUUCCUCCGUAUCUCCGUCUCUCUCUCUUUCUCGCCCCACCACGCUUCUUCAUCCUAUUUUCUUUUCAAUCUAUAUCAUUUGUUUAAUCUCAAUCUACAGUUGAUUGGGAUUUUGAUGCUUGGAUUUGUCAUAAAUUGAACAAUGCACCACAUUGACGACAAAUCUGCAUCUGGGUUUUGAUCAUCCACCUCGAUAUAGACAAAUUUAGGGUUUUGGUGAGCAAUGCUCGGUGGUAAAACCAUGUUCAGUUUCCUCACCAGAAAAGAUGUCAGGAAAAUUCUCAAGCGCAAAGACAGUGACGCUGGUGAAAAAGGAAGAGCAAUGGAGGAACUACGGGCUUCUUUAUUUAGCAAGCUACGACGUCAACACCAAUCCUUGUUGGGACCCACUCUUGCGCUUACGUUCAAUUUCGUUGCGUCUGUUAGUAUUAUCUUGAUGAAUAAAUUGGUACUUGUCAAAGUUGGGUUCAAUUAUCCAAUCUUUCUCACUUUUAUCCACUACGUUUGUAGUUGGCUGAUAAUGGCCCUCCUAAAGGCAUUCUCCCUCCUUCCUCCACCCCCUUCGUCAAAAACGACAAAAUUUUCUUCGUUGCUUGGUCUUGGAAUAGUUAUGUCCCUCUCUACCGGCCUCGCUAAUGUUAGUCUGAAGUUCAAUAGUGUCGGUUUCUAUCAGAUGGCUAAGAUUGCAGUAACCCCGGCAAUUGUUUUGGCAGAAUUCAUGCUCUACCGCAAAAGAAUAUCUUUCCGAAAGGUGCUGGCACUUACCAUAGUGUCGAUUGGCGUUGCGGUUGCUACUGUUACAGAUUUGCAAUUUCACUUCUUUGGUGCGUGUAUAGCAGUCGCAUGGAUAAUACCGAGUGCAACCAAUAAGAUAUUGUGGUCAAACCUUCAACAGCAGGAGAGCUGGAAUGCGUUAGCGUUAAUGUGGAAGACGACACCUAUCACUCUGUUUUUUCUAGUGACGAUGAUGCCAUCACUUGAUCCUCCUGGUGUUCUUUCCUUUGACUGGAGCUUCUACAAUUCUUCUAUUAUUGGUGCUUCCGCUGUCCUCGGCUUCUUGCUUCAGUGGUCCGGUGCAUUGGCACUUGGGGAAACAUCGGCAACAACUCAUGUUGUUCUUGGACAAUUCAAAACUUGUGUGAUUCUUUUGGGAGGUUUCAUCAUGUUCGGUUCUAACCCCGGAUCAACCAGCAUCUGUGGUGCAGUUACGGCUCUUGCUGGUAUGUCUUUCUACACUCACCUUAACUUGAGGCCACAGCAACAGCCGAUGAAGACGUCUCCCAGACAAGCAUCUGCUUUCUCUUUACCAAAAUCUAAACUCAGCAAAGAAAACGGAGACACCCAUGAUCACGGGAACCAUGGAGACGAAUCUGUCUAACCACACACACGCAUGAAAAGUCGAUAACCUUAAUUGUUUGAAUUCGUUUUGUUUACAAAUGGGCUGGUUUUGUUUUAGAUACCAGCUUUAGCUCUAGGAUAUGGUAAGAUGAGUCAUGUAAAUUGGGUUUGCUUAGAUUCAUAUGGCUAAUUAUCUACUGGUGCAUCUCCAGUUACAGUUUGACUUGAAUUCAUGUCUAUUCUUAGUCUGCAAUAUGUACAUCAUAUGGGUUUCAAAGAUGGGAAAAGGAAUUUUGUU